CAUUGGCAUUUGACGGAGUUAUUGGUGGAUACGAAUUCUGGCCACUUGAACAGUCUAUACGGUGUAGGUGCAUAAUUAAAAAAUAUCUAUAUCUCUAUUUAAAUAUGAUAUAUGGUGUGAUGGUGCAGAAGAUGUUGCAACAACUUCGAAAUGUUGAUAGAAGAGAAUAGCAAAAUACAUCUUAUAUGUAAAUGUUGCUCUCCAUAUAAAAGCUCAGACUAUCUUGAUUUCCGUUUCCCAGCAUCCUCCAUUGGGGAGGUCUGGCACACGUAGUUUUGGCCCCUUGGAUCAGCAAGGGUGUGAUUGAGAUGGUAUUUGAUAUAAGUGUUUUUUUUAAUUUUUAAGUUGCUCUCCCCGAUAGUACAAUCAUACAUGAAAGUGAUGAACAGUGCGAUCAUAUACGAAAAUGAUGGCCUUUUCUUUGGCAUAUACGUAAAUAAUUACGCGCGUAUGGCUGCGUGCAUGAACUUGUCUCUGUCUAUUGCAUUGGUAUUUGACGGAGUUAUUGGUGGAUACGAAUUCUGGCCACUUGAACAGUCUAUACGGUGUAGGUGCAUAAUUAAAAAAUAUCUAUAUCUCUAUUUGAAUAUGAUAUAUGGUGUGAUGGUGCAAAGUUUGUUGCAUAUGAUGGCUUACACUUGAUCUCUGAACUUCAGGUAGGUCCUGUUGAAAAAUUCACUUUACUGAUGCUACAACUUUGCACCUAUUUAUUGUCUUUAGCUAAUGUAUUUUGACCAAAAAUAGUUAUUUUGUUUGGCAUUGAAGCACAAUUUUUGUUGCGUAUCGCUACCUAAGUACAAGAGUUGGAAUAUAAAAAUUCUAGAAGACUAUAUAAUGUAAUAGUCUGUUUUGUUUUCAUACCAAUCAUGUUCCUGGUCAGUUUUCAAAGAUAUAAUAAAUGGAUUAUGGUGCAAAGUUUGGUGCAUAUGAUGGCUUACACUUGAUCGCUGAACUUCAGGUAGGUCCUGUUGAAAAGUCCACUUCACUGAUGCUGUAACUUUGCACCUAUCUAUUGUCUUUAGUUGAUGUAUUUUGACCAAAAAAUAGUUAUUUAGUUAAGGAUCGAGGCAUAGCUAUUGUGUAUAGCUACCUAAAAACAAGAUUUGAAAUACAAAAUUCUAGAAGAUUAUCAAAAUUUAAGGGCCUGUUUGGUUGUCAAAGCAAACAUGUUUCUUCUUUGUUUUCAAAUAUAUGGUAAAUGAGUUAUGGUGCAAAGUUUGAUGCAUAUGAUGGCUUACACUUGAUCGCUGAACUUCAGGUAAGUUCUGUUGAAAAAUUCUAUUUACUGAUGCUAUAACUUUGCACCUAUCUGUCUUGAUUAAAGAAAAAAGACUUUGCACCUAUCUUUUGUUAAAUUGACAUAUGAAGUUCUAGAUGGAAAUAUAGUAAAUAGAAAAACUAAGGGCCUAUUUGGACUUAAUACGAAUCUUACAUUAGAUGUUUAAAUUACCUGAUUUUCCUUAUCUAUCAAGUAAAUUUCUUUCUUCUCCUUGUAACAUCUUCUCAAAAUAAUUUCUCAAGUACUUUUGUGAUCUGGUUAUCCCUUUUGUUUAUCGUGCUGUGUUGUGAUCUAAAUAUCAUCUUGACAUACUUGCUGGGUAGGUAACACCUCGAGACAUCUUUUUCUGUUUCUAGGUGUCACAUUGAAGGAUCGAAGUUUAAAAUCUGGGAGCACACUUGUUGACAUCGGGCUUAGCAAGCCUGUCGCAAUUGAUCAAGUCAUUGACCCAGGAAAAAGAGUGACAGUGUCCAUGGGAACAGAGAGAAACUUGAAUGCAGACAUACCGCAUCAGGUCGUCUCUUCUUCAACACCUAGGGAAGAUGCAGGGAUGUAUUGGGGAUAUAAAGUACGAUAUGCUCCAAACAUCAGUUCUGUAUUUAAGAAUUGCCCAUACGAGGGAGGGUAUGAUCACUUGAUUGGUACCUCAGAGCAUGGUCUUGUUAUGAAGUCCUCGGAUCUUAUUCUCCCAUCAUUCAGGCACCUCCUAAUUGCUUUUGGUGGACUUGCGGGGUUGGAAGAGUGUAUAGAAGAAGACAAGAGCCUAAAGGGGAAAAGUGCGAAGGAGGUAUUUGAUUUAUAUUUGAAUACAUGUCCACAUCAAGGAAGCAGGACAAUUCGGACAGAGGAGGCCAUCUUCAUUUCUCUCCAGUACUUACAAGAGCCAGUCGACCGUGUUUUGCAGAAGAUUUAGUACCUUGGAAAUUACCAACCACCUCAAGAACCUAGAAUAUAUGUCAGAAGCUUCUGUAUGACCUCUUCUAAGCUCAGAUAUUGAAAAAUCUGUCAAGGGGAGGAAAUCACGAGUUUAUGGCAGUUAGUGGUGGCUCUUCCAGAUUUGGGGAUUCGAGAUGUUUGGAUUAUGAGUGGGUUUUGAUUGCUCAGAGAAUUCACUUGGCUGUACUCUUCUGCUGCUCUGCUGCUAUAAUUUUCUACCAAUGGCAGCUGAAUGAAACAUAUAUUCCUGCCCAAACUUCCAACUUCAAACCCCUGUUUGCGUGCAUCAAGUUGGGGAGUGCUCAAAUUUUGUGACCAUUGUUCGCAUUCAUUUGAUAGUCUUCUUCUGCUUUCUUUUGUUUGUACUCUCUUUUUAACAUAAAACUAACCAGGUGAAAGUGAGUUUAAGUUUUGACUUUAGAGUUUUGUAGGCUGGGUGUCAAUUGAUUUCCAGGUUGAGUUGAGCUGAUUGGUCAACUAUUUUUAUUGUGUACCUCUAGUUCUAUUAUAAACCUCAUGGGAGCUUCCAUUCUAUAAUUCUUGUAAUUUAUAAAAUGUUGGAGGCUUGAUUCAA